AUGUCUGUUAAGGAAACGUCUGCAUCAAAUCUUGAAGAGACCAAGUUAAUUCCGAACACAUCUGGGGAGCAGAGCAAUCCUACGACCGUGUCAGAACACUGGCUUUGGCACCCGGGCAUUGCCAUUGCUGCAGUGUAUGCGUUCCUCAUUACUGUGGGACUGAUCGGCAACAUAACGCUUAUAAAGAUAUUUUGCACCGUUAAAUCAAUGAGAAGUGCGCCAAAUAUUUUCUUGUCAAGUCUUGCUUUGGGAGAUGUCCUACUGCUGGUCACCUGCGCGCCCGUCGAUGCCAGUAGAUUUCUGGCUGACGACUGGCUCUUUGGUAGAGUGGGUUGUAAACUUAUCCCGUUCAUUCAGCUAACGUCAGUCGGGGUGACAGUUUUCACUCUGACCGCGUUAUCUGCAGACAGAUACAAAGCCAUUGUCAAACCCAUGGACAUACAGACCUCCUAUGGCACCAUGAGGGUCUGUAUCAGAGCUGCAGUGAUCUGGAUCCUCUCUCUCAUCCUGGCCAUUCCUGAGGCUAUCUUCUCUGAUUUACACACUUUCAUCAUCACUACUACGAACGAGACCCUCGUGACAUGCGGCCCAUACCCUCACGGUGGUGACCUUCAUCCCAAAAUCCACUCAAUGGCCUCCUUCCUCAUAUUCUACAUCAUUCCCCUCUUCAUCAUCUCAGUCUACUACUUCUUCAUUGCCAGAAGCCUGAUCCGAAGUGCCUACAACCUGCCUGUGGAGGGCAGUGUGCAUAUGAGAAGACAGAUAGAGUCCAGGAAGCGGUUAGCUAAGACAGUGCUGGUGUUUGUGGCGCUGUUUGCUGUGUGCUGGCUUCCCAGUCAUGUUGUGUACCUCUACCGGUCGUACCACUACUCCAGUGUAGACACUUCCCUGCUUCACUUCAUCGCCAGUGUGAGCGCUCGCAUACUAGCCUUCACCAAUUCCUGUGUCAACCCAUUCGCCCUGUACCUGCUGAGCAAGAGUUUCCAGAAACAGUUCAACAAACAGCUCUGCUGCUGCCGCCAGUCGCUUCCUCUGCACUCACAAGGCACGGGACGCAAUAACACUCACAUGACAUCACUCAAAAGCACCAAUCAUUCGCAGGCUAGCUUCAGUCUUGUCAAUGGCAACAACACGUGCCACGAAGGAUGA